AUGGCAAGCACAAAUACCACAACUGCUCCCUUUAUCGCUGGCAAGAAAAUAAUCGUCGCCGGCGGAGGAAUAGGGGGUCUCGCAUUCGCAACCGCACUCUCCAAACAAUGGGCAUCAGUUGACCCCUCAAUAACUCCGCCAACCAUCAUCAUCUACGAACGAGAUGCCGAAAAUGCAGGAAUUGAACGGGAGGGCUACUCCAUGUCCAUUCGUAGCGAUGGGGUCUCCGCCGGUAUGCAAACGCUGCGCAAACUCGGCAUACUCGAUUCAUGCCUCGCAACAAGCAUCACAGGUAUCCAAGAAAACCCCGGGAGCUUUGUGCUUUGGGACCAGAACUGGAAUGAAAUCAUGAGGGCAAAGGUCGAUAAGAAGGCCUGGAGUGGUUUGCCAGUACCGCAUAUGCGCAUUGCACGGAAUGAGUUGCGCGGACAAUUACUUCAAGCCGUGCCGGAAUCGACCACCGUCCGGUGGGGAACUGCUUGCACUGGUGCGGCGAAACUCAGCAAUGGGAAGAUCAGCGUGCAACUUAGUAAUGGCAAGCUCGAUGAAUGUGAUCUGUUAAUCGCAGCAGAUGGUUCAGGGAGCAAGAUUCGAGGAUGCUUGCGACCAGACGAUAAACUCAACUUUGCAGGCGCUGUACAAGUUAUAGGAAAUGCGGUCUUUCCGGAUAGCAAGGUCCCUUCGCCGGUGGAUCGAGAUUGGGGUCUCUAUCUGAAUGAAACUGGAACUGGAUGCUUUCUAUCACCUAUUGAUGAAUAUAGAGCUGUGUGGUCAAUCUCCUAUCGUACCGCAGAGCCGAGGAAAACUCUCAAACACCCACUCUCUAGCGAUCAGUACCAAGGCAUAAUCAAGGAAGUUCUCGAACGGAGCAAGACCUUUAAGGAACCUAUCCCCACACUCAUAAACGCCACGGAUCCCCUGACGAUUAAAGAGUUAAACGCUUAUGACAAGCAGCCGUUCGCCCACAACGCGAGCAACAUGAACGUGGUAUUUAUCGGAGAUUCAAACCACGCUGUUAGUCCAUUUGCUGGGAAUGGGGCUAAUAUGGCGAUGAUGGAUGCUUGGGAUCUUGCUGAGCAGCUUUGUAAGAAUGAGACUUUCGAUGAGGUUGUAAUAGCAUAUGAUGCGCUGAGCAUGCCGAGAGCUAGGAGCGUGAUUGAAUUUUCUCAUCGGACGAUUGGACUUAGCCACGCUACGGGCUGGACACUUUGGCUGUAUUCUUUUGUUUUGAGGAUUAUUAACUGGUGGGGUUGGUGA